CACUGUUAAAUUUAUCCGUACGCAGCGAACUACAAGCAUUCAAACUGUACAGCUGUCAGAGAGAAGACCGAGUGCACAUAGCAACAACUGUGGAUUGUAUUCUGGCCAGUUAAAAACUACAAUAGGCUACAGAACUGGACAAGCGGGGGGAUAUAACACUUGUUGGAUUUCAUGUGCAACAUGACUUUUGAGGAACUAAGUGGAGAUCAUUCAGUUGAAAGGAUGGAUUCAGUGGCUAGAGCCUUGGAGGAGGUCCUCAGUUCUGCCUUACCUCAGGGAUGCAUUACAGUUGGAGUUUACGAAGCGGCCAAAUCACUAAAUGUGGAUCCGGAUAACGUGGUACUUUGCCUCCUGGCUACCGACGAGGAGGACGUCAAGGACGUUGCUCUUCAGAUCCAUUUUACCCUGAUUCAGGCGUUCUGCUGCGAGAAUGACAUUAACAUACUGCGUGUGAACAACAUGAGGCGUCUGGCGGAGAUCCUUGGUGGGCAGAAACAAGGCGGAGAACCAAUGGAUUUACACUGCAUCUUAGUCACGACCCCGCACUCGUCUGCGUGGAAAGACCCGGCGCUGAGCAAGCUGAACAGGUUCUGCAGGGAGAGCCGCUGCCUGGAUCAGUGGGUCCCGGUCAUCAACCUCCCCGAGCGAUGAAGAGCCAGGCGACCUGGACUUUGCUUUUCAUGAAAAACCACGCUGGAUUUGUGUGACGCUCCAGUGGAUCCCUCAGGAACAAAAAAAAAAAUCCCUAAUGCUGAUGAAACGAGAACAAAAAUAAAGAAAGAGAAAAAGGAAAGAAAAAAAAAAUCCAGCUCUCUUGACGGGGGGAAAAAAAGGGGGUGGAGUUCAGUCCAACGAGAGCUGUAUUCUUGGCUCGGUGCAGGGAGGAGUGACUCAGCAGUUUUGAGCCAAAGGACAGCCAGGGGUUGGGCUUGCUUUUGAGCCGGGUUUCGGAGGAGGGACGCUGUACAGGAAACGGAUCAUGUGUGGGCACACCGGUGCGUGGAAGUUCAAGCUGGGAUUCGAAACAAGCACAGACUGGCGAGGAAGAAGCGGAGAGGAACAAAGACUGGGGCUUCCUGGCUUUUUCACAACUUCAGGGGAACCUACGGGACUGCCGCACAUACAGAAUUUCUGGACUCAAUAGUUUUGCAAUUAUCAUUUUUAUAAAAUAAUGCUGUUGCCGUUGUUGUUAUUGUUAUUAGAAUUAUUUAAAAGGGAAUGCCCAGAACACCAAUGUGCAGGAAAAACAAUGCAUUUGAUAUUUAUGCUAACAAUUGUUUUACAAGUGAACUGUUCUUUUUUACUGUCACUGAGAUAUUUUAUGAUAUUAAUUUAAAUGUAUUUAUGUUGAAGUUUCCAUCAUCAUUUGCAAUUCUGUAAAACAGUGGUACAGAUGUAUUUUGUUGAAUAAAAUGUUUUUCAACCAGA